AUGGGCCGAAUGAGGAAGAGACAUAACUGGAGAGCGAGAUUGCAGCCAGAGGAAUCGAAUGAAGGAAAGAAAACAACAACGGCAUUGGUUAACAGUACUAUCCUGGAAAACGCUACCAAAGAUGAUGUGUACAAAACUUCGCAAGAAGACACUAAUAUUCUUCUUGCACCUAGUAAGAAAGAAAAAGUGAAGAUAGAGAAAAAAGAUCCAAAUGAAAAGCGAAAAAAGCUCACUAAGAAACAGAGGAAAAAACUUGAAAAGAUUGUCGAAACGAAGAAGAAGAAGGCAAAAAGGGCAGUCUUGCUGAGGGCGCUAGCAGAUUGUGCAGUGAGCGAUAAAGAACUUUCUCAAAUGAGUUCUACGACUGCCUUGGGUAAGCUGAAUCCAACUAGAAAAAGGACUUUCUCCGAAACAGAUGGAGAUAAGAAAGGAAUUAUUUCGAGUAUUCGGUGCGGACGCAAGAAAGGGAAGAAGCUUCGGCUAGACAAGAAGGCUAAUGAACCUCCUCCUGUUAAGACUGCGAAGGGGGUUGAAGAAUCGGAGUCCGAAGACUCUUCUGACAGCGUUGAUGAGGAAGGUGGCAGUCAAGAUUUACAAGAUGUGGAUGUUGUUGUUAAGAGAUCACCUCAAGAUGAAGAAGCAGUUGAAUCAAAACAAAUAGAUGAGUGUGAAGACGACACUAGCAACCAGUCAGCAAAAAAAAUCGAUGAGGGAAAAGCAAAGAAAUUCACUAAAGAAGAGAGUAAGGACGUCAAGAAACUGCAGCCGGUUAAGGGCGUUUCUGAGAAAGCAGUCUUUAAAGAAGUAAAACGAGACCCAAAAAUCCAAGCCGCUAGAUUACAGCUUCCGAUUCUCGCAGAAGAACAGGCUGUUAUGGAAGCAAUUCACGAUAAUGAUGUUGUGAUUCUUUGUGGUGAAACGGGCAGUGGAAAAACUACUCAAGUUCCUCAGUUCUUAUAUGAAGGCGGUUACACCACUCGAGGGCUGAUUGGCGUGACAGAGCCUCGGCGUGUGGCUGCCGUGUCCAUGUCACGCCGUGUGGCUUUAGAGCUAAACAUGAGCACUGAUUUGGUUUCCUAUCAGAUUCGUUACGAAGGCAACGUGACGACGAACACAAUUAUUAAGUUCAUGACAGAUGGUGUGCUGCUGAAGGAAAUCGAAAAUGACUUUUUCUUGUCCAAAUAUUCCGUCAUUGUGAUUGAUGAGGCCCACGAACGAAGUGUUUUCACUGAUGUUCUCUUAGGCCUACUCUCCAGAAUAGUACCGAUACGAAAUAAACAAGGAAAACAACUAAAACUUGUCAUAAUGUCCGCCACUCUUCGCGUCGAAGAUUUCACAGGAAAUACACGUCUUUUCCCCUCCCCACCCCCUGUGGUAAGUGUCGAGUCCAGACAAUUUCCCGUCACUGUGCAUUUCAACAAGAGGACUCCUGAUGAUUACUUAAAUGAAGCGUUUCGUAAAGUGUGUAAAAUUCACCGUACUCUGCCGCAAGGAGGUAUAUUAGUUUUCUUGACGGGUCAAGCUGAAGUACAUGGGUUGUGUAGAAAAUUGAGAAAGACAUUUCCCUAUGAUCCAAAGAAGACUAAAUCACAAAAGAAGAUGGGCAAGGACGAGCAAUCUGAUGAUGACGACUUGGAUCUUGAUAAUUAUCCAGUGAACCCUGCUUUUGAGGACAGAGAAGCAGAAGAUGAAGACCUUGGUGAAGGUGUUGAGGAUGAAGACUUUGACCUUGAUGACAGCGCCUUUACUUCCUUGAUCGACAAGAAUCUCCCAAUGUUUGUUCUGCCUCUUUAUUCUCUUCUCUCCAGUCAGCAACAGGCAAAAGUGUUCCAAACGCCGCCGGAAGAAGCACGGCUAUGCGUCGUAGCAACUAACGUAGCAGAAACAUCGUUGACAAUUCCCAAUAUCAAAUACGUUGUAGACACUGGCAUGGUGAAGAGACGCUAUUAUGAUAAGGUCACAGGUGUAUCUACCUUUAAGAUCACGUGGACGUCUAAAGCAUCAGCCAAUCAGAGAGCGGGCAGAGCUGGUCGAGUAGAGCCUGGGCACUGCUAUCGUUUGUACUCAUCAGCGGUGUUUACGAACGAGUUUGAAGAAUUCUCGGCGCCGGAAAUCUCACGUCGCCCGGUGGACGAUUUGGUUCUACAGAUGAAAGACAUGAAUAUCGACAAGGUUGUAAACUUUCCUUUUCCCUCUUCCCCUGACGCGAAAGCACUACAAAGUGCCGAGCAACUGCUGUGGAAUCUAGGAGCGUUAGAAGAGAAGAAAACUGUGAGAGGAAAUAUCAAUGCAGUCAUCACGUCGCUAGGUCGCGCCAUGGCCAAGUUUCCUGUUUCCCCAAGAUACGCAAAAAUGCUCUGCCUCGGAAACCAAGACAACUGCAUGGAGUACGUUAUUGCUAUUGUCUCAGCCCUCACAGUGAAGGAAGUCUUUGCUGAUGAUAACGCUGGUCAAAUAAGCAAAGAGGAACGACGAAAGAUUUCGCGGCUUAGACGAGCUUGGGCGGGACAUGGGGAUGCAAAAAAGCUUGGAGACGCCAUGGUGGUUUUGCGAGCUGUGGGCGCUAGUGAGUAUGCAGGUUGUACCAUGAAAUUCUGUGAUGAGAACGGGCUUCGCCAAAAGGGAAUGAUAGAAAUUAGAAAGCUCCGAACCCAGCUUACGAACUCUGUAAAUCUUGUGAACCCUGACGCAAAAGUUGUGCUAAAUCCUCGGAUGAGCCCGCCAUCUCCUCUCCAGUGCAGAGCUAUCCGCCAGAUCUGCCUCUCGGGGCUUGGUGACCAAGUGGCACGGAAGAACCCCGUUGGAAAUGAUCCUCAGCUGAAGAAUGCUUACACUUGCAUGUCCCUGGAUGAGCCUGUGUUUAUUCACCCUUCAUCAGCCCUAUUUGAUGUAUUGCCAGAGUACGUGGUUUACCAAGAGAUAGUAGAGACUUCAAAGCUGUUUAUGAAAGGUAAGGGUACCUUUGAUGACUGACGCUUCUUUCGACCCUCACAACGAUCAUAUUUUUUCUUCUCAACAUUUUGCCGCCAGACGGUCCACGGUAUCCUAAGGGGCAUAACGUGAGAAAACCUGUUGUAUCUUUGGCGGGAUAAGCUCAACGUGUCUUCUUUCUCUUCUCAGAAGGUCUAAAUAUUUUAAUUGGUGAUCAUUUAAAAAAACGCGUACAAGAAAGAUUAUCUGGUGAUAAAAAAUGCUAUUUGUUCUCUUGUAAUUUGUUAUCAAGUCGUAUUUUUAGCAACCGCAAAUUAGAUUUGUUUGGAUUGGUGGAAAAUCAUUUGCCGCCGGGCAAAGCUUGGCUAUAUUCUGAAUACCAUUCGGGUUACCCAAAAGUCAGUUUCAACGGCAUUCGUGACUGCUGUUUAUGAGCAAAUGAACCUUCUUAUUUAGUUAUAGGUUCUCCUCCCCGUUCGUGGUUAAGUGCAGAGCUUCGCUCGUUUACACCGUCCUCUGUUGUUUUUGUUGUUGCUGUUUUUGUUCAUGGCCUUGACCAAGUCAAAUUGUCUUCCGGCCUUAACCCCCUCGUCAAACAAGCGUCUCGAUUAUCUCCUAAGGCCGCCAUUCAGAGCAACUUAGUGUCUAACUAUUGUCGGUAGAUUGAGUGACAUGCACAGCCACUUCCAUUUUGUUUUCAUAGUUUCGCAGUGCGGGUAAGUGUCUAGAAUAAGCUGAACAAGUUUAAACUGCUCUUCUCCAUGUAUUUCAGGAGUCAUAGCCGUAGAGCCAGUUUGGAUUCCGGUUUUUGUUCCAAACCUAUGCACUUUCUCCAAGCCGUUAGAAGAUCCUGCGCCUCGUUACGAUUGCGAGGCAGGCGUUGCUAAGUGUCACAUGACGUGCACGUUUGGUUCCAGGUCGUGGCAGAUCCCAUCCCAGGAGCUUGACUAUCCCGCAGGAAUUGACAGAUACAAGUGGUUCGCCAGGUUUCUACUUGAAGGAAAAGUUAUCCCCAAGUUUGCAGAGUUUGUGCCAUUUCUUCUCAGUGCGCCUGCUACAAUGAUCAAGACUUGGGCUAAGUUGCAGCCCAGGACUGAAGUGUUGCUAAGUGAACUUGUUAGCGAAUGUGCUGAUAGUAAGAAAGCGCUGGAGGCAGCGUGGAAGAAGGAUCCAAAGUUUUUACUGGCAGCUUUUAAGCAGUGGGUUCCUCAAAGUAAGCACAGUGAAUUGAGUUUGAUGUGGCCUCCAAAAUAACAAAAAGAGCACUUGCAUCCUCUCCUUAGACGGCCUUUCCCACGGUUUUACGUUGGGAUUCCUUUCACAUGUGCCAAAGAAAUGUAGCGGAAACAUGUAGAAUUCUAUCUACUUUGUGAAGCAUUUAUAACGAACUUCAGUAACGGAUUAGCUUUGAUGUGGCGAGUGCCUUUUCCUGUUUUAUUUUGCAGACGUAAUUUAGUGUUGAAAGCUAUUUGAAAUGCUUGCUCCAAAUUCGUUCUUCAAUUCCAC